AUGAACUGGGCAGAUCUGCUAGCAGCUGUGAAGCUCUUGGCCAGUUCAGUAGUCGAGAUUGCUGCUGCCUCUGUUGGUGAGGAGAAUCUGGUGAAAGCGGAGCACCAGAUAGAAACUGAUGGGCAGGUACUGGACCCCUUGCCAGGUGUCCUUGAGCCAACCGAGGAGAUUGGUGGAAAGGACACAUCUGAAGAGGCAGCUGGUACAAGCAAAAAGGAGUUGUCUACAGAGGACGAAGAAGUGGCUGCAGAACCACAGGAGGAGGAAGCAGCUUCAUCUGCUGCAGCACAGGAGGACGUAGCUGCAGCUUCUCCUGCAGCACAGGAGGACGUAGCUGCAACUUCUCCUGCAGCACAGGAGGACGUAGCUGCAGCUUCUCCUGCAGCACAGGAGGACGUAGCUGCAACUUCUCCUGUAGCACAGCUGGAGGAUGUAGCUGCAACUUCUCCUGCAGCACAGCUGGAGGAUGUAGCUGCAACUUCUCCUGCAGCACAGCUGGAGGAUGUAGCUGCAACUUCUCCUGCAGCACAGCUGGAGGAUGUAGCUGCACCUCCUCCUGAGGAAACCCUCAUAAUAGAAGAGGUGGAUGCUGAAGAUGAAGCUUCUCCUGAGGAGGCUGCCUCCACCACUGAAGAUUCUCCUCCUACUGAGGAAGCUGCACCUGCUGAGGAGGUCACUGUUGCUGCUGAAGCUACUCCAGUGGCAGAGACUUCCCCAGAGGAGAUCACACCUGCAGGAGAGACACCAGCAGUUGAACCUUCAGCAGAGGAGACCAUUGAAGCAGUUACUGGUAUGACUCAGCUGGCAGCAGCCUCUACUGGGCCAGAACUAGAAGUUCUUUUACCUGCAGAACUGGGAUCUACACCGGAAGCUCCAGUGCACAAGGCAGAACAUUGCCACUCCUGCCACUCUGCUCCAUCAACAAGAGAGGAGGUGGCGCCACCUGCUGCUAUGGGAGAAGAUGUGGCUGCUACACAUGAAAUCAAGGAGGAGGCAUCAGGGGUAGAGGAACAAACCACAGAGAGAAUGGCGGUGGUGACAGCCCAGUCGUGACAGAGAGAGUGCCUUCCACAACACUCACCAAGCUCUCACUCAAGCCGAGUGGACAGAUGACAAAAAUAAGACAAGAAGCAGUCACAUGUUUGACUAAUGUGUUAUCUGUUAGCAGGUGUUACAUGACUUUGAUGUCUCUUGUCCUCUAGAUGUCACUGUUACAAACUCAUUUAUGAUCAACUGAAGUUUCAACUUACUGGGCAGCGGAAGUGGGUUUAAAAUGCAAAACUUUGAUAGACUGCAAACUAUUAAUAUGAUUUAUCUGCUAAUGUCAGCUGACAUACGAGCCUACAAGUAGUGUUGCUUUCCCCAUAAUGCACUUAUGCACCUGCAAACAUGACUACCUUGAGAUAUUAAAACUUAUAUAACACCUCAAUUGACAUUAUUUGACAGUGAUGGAUUCCUAGGGAAAAUGAUGACACCUAAAUACAAGAAAGCUUUGGAAAAUUUUUACCCCAUAUUUAUUUUCCAUAUUUAGAUUUGUAUAUUUCUAUAUUAAAACAAAAAAUGGUCAAAUCAAUAAAAUGCACGUAUUUACCUUACAAGAUUUCACUUUAAUAGAAAGGCUUUAAGCUGUUUAAUAUUGUAAAGAAAAAGGCUAUUCAUAUGCAGAAGAAAUAUAUAUUGAUACAGUGAGUUUAAGUUUAUAUCUUGGUGCCAUUAAAUGAUAAAUGCACACAGAGUACACGCAGAGUAACGAAAGAUCCAAUAAAUUGUAAAUAAUUUUAUAAAGUGGUAAAAGUACACCUGACAGUUCUCCCAGUCGACAGAUCUAAACACAGACAUUAUUUUAGGGGAAUGUAUAUGAUUGACACAGUCUGUCAUUUAUGUUUUAAUUAUCUGGGCACAUUAAAUGAACCAUAUUGUCCAUAAGUCUUAAAAUUGGGUCAAUACAGCCUCAGUAUAAACAAAACAUGACAUGGUACUCUGUCAUAAUCCAUUUAAGAUUUAAACCAAGAUGCAUAAGUAAAGCUGUGGGUGAAAAGGUUAUGGAUAUAGAUGGAUGCUUUGUUGUCAAAUAGAAGCUGAGUACUGAAUAAAUGAUGAGCAUUACAUAAGAAUAUAUCAGUUUGUUAAAUGGCUAAGGAAAUAACUUAUGUUGUCAUAAUCUGUUCACAUGCCAAAUAAAGUGGUGGUUGAACUAAUUGUUCCUCUGCUUUUCAUCAUCGGCAACAUCUGUGAUUGGUGUGAGAAGUGAUCAAAACCUUUUUCC